GCCCCACCCUCCUCUGCGCCAUCCACACUCCACUCCACCCUCCGCCCUUUAAUACUACAGGCACCAGCGUCUCAGACUCUUCUUCUUUCCUCCCCGGCAAACACGCGACUACAGUCUACACCUACACAGCAGCAGCACUUCGGUAUGGCUGAGGCAUCUUCAACUGCUGCGGGCUUGGAAACAAUUACAUUGGGAGCAGGUUGCUUCUGGUGUGUUGAAGCCGUGUAUCAGCGCGUUGUCGGCGUCGAGAGCGUGGAGAGCGGCUACAUGGGAGGAAUCGUGAACAACCCUUCCUACGGCCAGAUCUGCACCGGAGAGACGGGGCACGCAGAGGUGAUCCAGCUCAAGUACAAGCCUUCCAAGGUCUCGCCCACCGACUUGCUGGAGAUCUUCUUCAAGAUGCACGACCCUACCACCAAGAACCGGCAAGGUGCCGAUGUCGGCACACAGUAUAGGAGUGCCAUCUUCUACCACUCGGAAGAGCAGAAGCAGGCGGCGGAGGAGGUGAUAGCGGCGGUGCAGCCCAAGUUCGGGAGCAAGAUCGUCACCGAGGUGACGGCGGCAAGCGACUUUUUCGUGGCCGACAAGGGGCACCAGGACUACUACUCGAGAAAUAAGAGCAGCAACGGCUACUGCCGGCUGGUGAUCCACCCCAAGCUCUCCAAGGUGAAGCAUGACAAGUACAAGAGCCCAGGCGUCAUGUCCAAGGUGUUGGGGGCGCUCAGCUCUUAACCGCAGGAGUCCCUGCUUCGGGGCGUGCCAUUUGUGGAGAUCCUGUCGAGGGUGUCAACGUCUCUAUGACCAUGUAUUUUCAGAAGUGUUCCUCUCUUCCUCUCCCUGGGUGGAUUGGUCUUGUGAUUGUCCCCUCCAGCGGGUGGAGUCUUGCCCUCCUCCAUCUCCUGCCUUGUCGUGCAUUGUACGAUGUGCUUGCUCUAUCCCUUUCCAGGAGUUAAGUUGUCGGGUGGGUGUCCCUCCUAGGGAUGGAGGUGUACAAGUGUAUGAAUGUCCCUGGUUAGGCUAAUGUGGAUUGUGAGGUGAACUUCUGUAUAGGUUGUCCACAUGUAAGUAAACGUGUGGUGUUGACGACCGUAUGCUGUAGAAUACACUCUGUCUCACACGACGAGUACUUUGUACCCCAUUUUGUGUUAAAGGCGAUGGCAAGGUGACGCUCUCGGGGUUAAUCUGUCCCCCACGGCAAGGCUUAAAAGACACCCAUAGAGGAGUGCCCUCACGCGUUGACCUCGUCUUGUACUGUAGAGUAUUGGUCCGCGUAUUGCAGUACCUCGAUAUCGUAGCUCGUAGUAGGCGAGGCAAGAGCUUAGGGUAGAUACAUAGACAGUGCGAGCGACGGAACUAGAUGUGCAGAGGAUAUUGUAGAUGUUCCUAUAAAUACAAAUCUCGUGCUCUGAGUGAUAUGG